UAGCUUAGCAGAAAAAUGUAAAUAUAUUCAGGGUUUCCCUCAGUGUAUUAUAAUCCAGGCAGGGCACCAGGCUUUACUUGCAUUAAAACACAUUCAGAUUUAGAGCGGUAGAUACAAAAUGGACGUAAGAGUUUGCAGGAAGUAGAGCUAAAAUCCUGUCAAACACUAAGUGCCAUGACAUGCCGUUUUUGUUUGAUUCAGCUUGAAGAGUGCGUGCAUGACUGUAUUUGUGCAUGCAUAAGCAUGUCUGUCUCUAAGAAAUGUUCUCCAGGCUUCAUGUCAGAAUGAUUACUCAGUAACAGACCACACAUAAAUGUAUGAAGUAGAUGUAUGUUGUUCCAGAAGGAAGGCAUUUGAAUUGGUUGUGAGAGCCGUGUUUCAUACAAGUUAGGUGCAAAUUUGUGCAAUGUAUGAUUCAGACAUUUUUGAAGUUCAUAUCCAGUUUUCCCUGCUGUACCACUUCUUGACCCACACUCAAGGUUUCCCCCAGAGGAAGGCGAAGUUUUGUGUGUAUGAUUUACAUUUUGCCAACAGCCACAGCAAUAGAAAGAAAGGACUGGAUGGGAGAGCAGAAAAACAGAGAGGGGGAAAGAAAGAGGAGGGGGCUCACUCACUCCACCACAGUAGGCAGAAUCUAGGAACUGACUGUGGCCAAUUGAAAUCCACAACUAGGUCACAUGAUGACUGCAAUAAGCCAUGAGGACCAGAGAGGGAGAAAGAGAGAGAGAGAGAAGCAGCAGACUGGUUGAGUUCGUAUCAGUGUGUGAUUGAGUUCAGAGCAGAGAGCCACACUGACACAGGAAGCGGACCACACCUGAGUGACCAAACACAAAAGAUCAACUACGGAGGACAACAAAGGAUUUAGGCAGAAAAGUGGUGAAGAUUUCUUUUUGUCAUCCAAGACUUGGAAAGAGACAGACUUGGGAACAUAGGAAGAGGUCCAAAUUGAACAGAAAGGAGAGACACCAUGUCUUCUCUCUCCGACCAGCAGCCGGGCUCUCCCUUCUCAGAGUACAGUGAGCUGUGCAAGGUACCACCCACAAUGCCGGUUCAGGGUUGGGAUUGGCAGCAACCUUCAAGCAUGGAAAUGGGCACCCCACAGGGCAUGGUGAUGAGUAGUGGACCUAUGUCAGUCGGACUCACAGAUGAAGAUAAACUAUGCUUCUUUGAACAACCAGGCACAGGCAGCAUGGAUAGAGCACUGAAGGUGCCUGGUGGAGGUGGGGGCAUCUCAAGUAGCAUCUCUAUGGGUAACACCUCACUGGGCAGCACAGGGGAAAGCCCAGACAGCCCUGUCUCCUCUUCCCCAUCACCUUCCCCUGCAUCCCCUGGUCGACUACCUUCUGCUUUAGGCAGCACCAAGAUCUCUCUGUCACCAGUUCCUGGAUCUCCAGUCAGACAUAUGGAGCAGUUAUCAUCCAUAAGUGCAGCUCCUCCAGACUCAGUUGAAAUCUCUUUAACAGGGGCUACAGUAUGCAAAGACCCUCUGCCUGAAACAUUUUCUGAAUCCUGCCCAAAGUUUGCCAUGCCUCAGGUGGCCCCUAAUUAUCCCAUCAGUGGAGAACUGAAUGAUAACCAUCUGCAGAAAGGUGAAAAGAAUGCGACAGUAAAAGUGUCUGACCUCGGAGAUGAAAGGUUAAUUGAGGGCUUGUCAGACAAUAACAGUGAAGAAGAAGAAGAAGAAGAGGUUGUGGAAGAUGAGGAGUUGGAACCCUGUUUUAUGGGGCGAGCUCAGCAACAGAGGAAGGCAAUGAGGCGAGCAAUGUCUGAGUGUUCCCACUUGUCAGUGCCCUCAAGUCUAGAGCUGCCUGGUAAGUACGCACUUGGAGAUGGGCCAGAUUCUACCCAACUGCCAUCAUCUAUGGGUGGCCUCCACCGCUCACCACACUCGAUGAAGCGCUCACUGACUGUUGCAGAAGAUCAACCACCAACACCACCCCCUACCCUUUCAGCAGCUGGUGCCACACAUCUUGAUUUGCGUCAAGCCGCACCCGAGCCCCAGCUCUGUCUGUCGCCAUUACCCCCUCUGAAGGACCAAAGUGUUGGCUCUCCUCUCUCACCAGUAGAGGUCACAGGAGAGGGCCUUAAGGAAGAGAGGGAACUGGGAGAAAUUGUCCUUCCAGUGCCCCUCUGCCCCAAAGGGUUGAUUUGUGAAGACAUCUGCCCUACACUAAUUGUUGACUCAUUAACUGAAGAUAAGACUGCUUCUAAACCUGAUGACCCCAAAGAUGUAGAGUUUUAUGGAAUUGAAGUUGAACAGGAACUGAGCACAAAUGCAGAACAAGAUUUUGAUGCUGCCAACGUAGGGACUGUGACAGGUCACAUUGAUGACCUUCCAACUGGUGGCUGCGUUGGCCUGGAUUUCAACUACAACUCAAACCCCUUCAUAGAUGUCAAAUCUGACAAGACAGAGAAGAAGGACAAGCAGGAGGAUGGUGUGCAGAAGGUGGAGGCUUUUGAUGUGUUGAACAAAGCUGAGCACGGGAGCGUGAAGGUUGAAUUCAACACUAAUGAAAGUUUGGUCAAAGUGGCGAAUGAGGUAGAAAAGGGCAAGGAGAAAGCAAAUGCUCAGGAGGCAGAAAAGGUCAAAGAGGAAAAACAAGCAGACAAAACAAAGGAGAUAGAGAAGCAGGCAGAAAGAGUGGAUGAUCAAAAGGAAACGGAGAAGCUAAAAGACAAGGAGACGGAGAAAGUGGAAGCUGUCCAACUGAAGGAAGAGAAGGAGGAGAAAAAGCCCAAGGUGGAAGAAUCACCUGUCAAAGUGGAAGUGAAAGAAAAGGUGGAGAUGAUCGACAAGAUGGAGAACAAGGAUGAUAAUGUAGAGACCACUAACAACGAGCAACUGAAAAAGGAAGAGAAAGUGGAGAACAAACACAGUGAGAAAGCUGAAAAGGUGGACGAAAACAAGAAGUCCAAAGAGGAGGAGAAGAAAGUGCAAGAUGCAGAAAAGCUGGAUAAGAACCAGGACACCAAGGUGGAAGAAAAAUCAGAAAACAAAACAAGCAAGAUGGCAGAAAAAUCAGAGAUGAAGGAUGACAAAGGCCAGCACAAAGUAGAAACAACUUCAGAGCAGCAGCUUCACCCCACCGACAAUAAGACAGAGACGAAACCUGACGUGGAGCUGAAAACUGAGGCUGCAGCGGAGAAAGAAAAAGCCGACGCCGGGGAGGCCAAGACGGUGGAGAAAAUGAACAAUGCAGCCCCGCCUCUGGAGAAACCUGCUGAAAAAGAAACACAGAAGACAGAAAAGGAGGAGAAGGCAGAUAAAAAGACAGUAGAGAAGAAAGACAGUAAGAAGGAAAAGUCUGUCAAAGCAGAUGGAGACAAGGCUAAGAAACCUGUGAAGACUGCGACCAACGGAAGCAGCACAGCAGCAAGCAAGGACCUGUCCGCUGGAGACAGAAAGACCAAGCCCGCCACAGGGGCGACUAAACCGGUCAGUGCUGCCAAAGCGCGGCCAGCCACCGCUCCUGCCGGUGGCUCAGCCGCAGCCACUGCCAAACGCCCCACACCCACCUCCACCAGUACUACCACUGACAGAAAAACAACCACACCCAAGACAGCUUCCAUAAGCGCUGCUGGGCCUAAACGACCCCCUGCCAGUUCCACCAGUCGCCCAUCAUCCCAACCUUCCACCACCAGCACAGGCACACGAGACGUUAAACCGAAGACCACCACAGAGAAGCGCCCCCUGGUGCCGAAGGCCGGCAGCGGCACCACGAGUCACCCUGCCUCCGGCCCCGCUGCCAAAAACGGGACGGUGAGCACUGCAGCCAGCAAAACCACUUCAUCGGUGCGCACAGCCGCGUCUACUCGCACAACUACUACGACUGCAGCCAAAAAGCCUCUGGCCUCUAAAACUGACAGCAGCAAACCAGAAGAUAAGAAGUCCACCACUGUCAGGACUUCAACAGCCGACUCUACCAAGCCCAAACCCACUUCUACCAUCUCAAGGAGCACGACUUCCACCACCGCUGCGCCUCGCACUCGAACAACAGCAACCAAACCGGCUCCGCUGUCCUCCACCACGGCCACAGCAGCAGAGAAGAAGCCCCUGGUGCCCCGCACCCAUCGACCCACUGCAUCCACGACAGCGAGCGCCACCAGCAGGCCCACAGCUCGGCCCGGCACAGCGCCAGACCCCGACAUCCGUAACGUCCGCUCAAAGAUCGGCUCCACUGAUAACAUAAAGCACCAGCCUGGUGGCGGGAAGACUAACUGGAAGUGUUCUCAAACUGAAGGGGCUGUGAUUAAAAUGGUUCAAAUAGUCUCCAAAAAGCUGGACUUCAGCCACGUCACCUCACGCUUGGGCUCCAAGGACAAUUUGAAGCAUGUUCCUGGUGGAGGGAAUGUGCAGAUACUCAACAAGAAGGUGGACGUAAGUAAGGUGACCUCAAAAUGCGGAUCCAAGGACAACAUCAAGCACAAGCCUGGCGGAGGCGUCGUGAAGAUCGAGUCCAACAAAGUGAACAUUCGGGAAAAGGCUCAGCCCAAAGUGGGGUCAGUGGACAACGUGAGCCAUUCUCCUGGAGGAGGGAACGUCAAGGUUGAGGGACCGCAGGAGACAGAGGGAAAUGCAACUCCCAUGACUAGCAGCCUGGCUCCGGAGAUGGGGCCUAGGGCCCAGGAGAACGGGCUGAAGGACGGGGCUCCCAGUGAUGGUGAGGGUGUCCGAGAGCCCCAGGCUCUGGACUCUCUAAUGCCCGAGACAAGCAUCUAAUUCUGCUAUCCCUCUGCCCUCCUCAUUUCAACUACCCCCUAUAACGUCACCACCUCUCCCUCCCCUCUUUUCCUCACUGUAAAUAUGUUUUUUCCCCUUCUCCUUGCCUCACUUUUACUCCCCCUCCAACCCCACCCAAACCCCUUAUUCCCUUCCCCAUUACCCCUCUGCUGCAGAUUGAGUCUAUCAAGCUCAACUUCCGCGAGAAUGCUCGCUCUCGCACGGACCACAGCGCUGACAUCAUCAUCUGGCCAGCCCCCCACAGGACAACGGCAACAGUUCCCGCCCACAUGGUUCCUCGUUCUCCCCGCAUGGCCAACCAAAGCAACCACCCAAUUUCUUGCAGUGUUCCCCCAUCGAGUCUCAACUCCCCCUUUCACCCAUCCUUCCCGCACCUACAGGUGGAGGUCCUGGGGGACGGCAGCGGCGUUUCCGAGAAGGGAUCCCAACUUUUUUAACCCCAUUUAAUCUGAUAUUCGUUAUUGGAAAAUUAGAAUCAUUGUGCAGUAGUGCUUCUUUCACAUCCUCAUGCGUCAUUGCCUUCAUCAUCAUCACCACCACUUUCAUGUAUUUACCUGAAGUGACUUUCAACUCUGACUGGUCCUGACCGGUACUUUAUGUGAAGGAAAAUUCCAUGACGGCAAUGAUCUCGCUGAGUCUGGCAUCUUGGAAUCGCCGGCUUUCACGUGGUUGGACCUUCUAGAAAAACCACCAUCAUUCCCCCCUGCACUCCUGGUGGCAGCAGCAGUCUCUUCAGUAGUGACCAGAACAAUUUGGCCCUCCUAUUGGAUUCCCAUCUCUUUUCCCUUGUGAUUUUAGGAGCCGUUUUUUCCCCCUGCAGACGCUUCUGUAACGUCGUAGUAAUUCAGCAUCCAUUUCAUCAUGGCUUCCUCUUUCUUCAUCAUCAUGCAACCAUAUGCAAACUGACUUAACAAAAAAGAAGGCUGUUUGAAUCAUUUUAGCCAGUUUAACUCUUUAUUCUCUGUGUUUGUGAUGAGGUGUUUGAUUGAAAAGAUUAUAUAUAGAAAUGAGCAUCUGUGUUCUGUUUGGAUCCUCUUUAUUUCCUUCUUUCCAUCAUGUUCCUUGACAAUAGAACUAGGUUGUAUUUAUUAUAUCAAUGCUAUUCUAUUUUAUUUCCUUGAGGUGUCUUAUUUCCUUUUCAUCAAGUAGUGCUCAGAAAAUCUAUGAAACACGCACAUGUUCUUGCAAACUAAGACACACAGUGUGAAGGAGAUGAAGAAUGUCGCAGAACGUUGAGGAAAAGGUUGAUAGAUGAAAUACAAAAGGAAUUUCAGAGUCCUGGUUAAAUAUCAGAUACGAGGUCAGUGUUGUGACUGAAGAGGUUUUAAAUAAUAUAAUACGGGACGUUUGCUGAAGCCGAGAAGCUUUCACUAAGUCCAGAGGGAGAAGAGCGAGAUGCAGUUCAGAUUGCUUCUGAAUGGAAAGGAUCAAGUGUCUCAUAUGUGCCUCCUGUUUGUCUUACCUUAACAAAAACAAAACAAAAAAAAGAAUCCCAGUAGGUGAGAGUGAUGCAGUUUCACGCCUAAAACAGCUCAGAGAGAGAAUAUGGUGGCAGAUGAAGAGUUUGUCUGUUCUGAGCAGUCCGAUUGACUGUUGUUCUAUUUUUAGGUGUUUCUGUGCGGGUUGGGUUAAUGUGGUUUUGGGAGUUCGCUCAAGAUUCAGUUAAAUUUAGAAAUCAUCUACAGUACUGUGUGUCAGUGCUCUUCUUGUUGGCGAAUUGCCAUUGGGAGAUGGUCUUACUUUAUUCUCUUCUCUUGUCUUGUAGCAACCUGUUGCCUCCUGAUGCCUUUCUAAUGCAUGGCUAGAAAACAGAAACUCAACCCCAAACUAAACGCUCAUGGGUUUUACUCCAGGUCUUCUGUUCUGGUAUUGCUUGUCUAAUUUUAAAAAUAGAAGUUAACAGGAAGUUCUUGUGAUGGUUUGGUGUUUAGAUUUAAUCAUGCUGCUCCAACACUGUACAUACUGAAUACGCAACUUAACUAUUGUUGAAAAUCUUUUAGCCGAAUGAUAUUUUGGUAGCUUAUCAGUGCUCAUUUGUUUAUAAAAUAUGUUUAUCAAUACUAUAUGUUGCUUUGAUAUAGCCAGGAUAUUAUUGGAAAUAUAUAUUAUUCUGUUUAGCUAAUGCAUACAUAUCAAAAUAUAUACUUAUUACAUGGAGCUUGUUGGCAAACAAUGCUACAUUAGCAAUUUUUUCAACACGUCAAGCAAACAAUUUUAAGCUUACAAUUUCACUUAUAGCCAGCUUUUCAAAAACUAUUUGUCGUCUUAGAAACUAUUCAUGUUUCCGUCUUUUACAGGCUUUACCAUGGUCACCUACUAACUAACAGUUCCACCUGCUACCUAGCGAGACUAAUCUAAUUUAAGCAUGAAUUGACUUAUUUUUGCUAGUACACCCUAAAAAAUGUAAUUGUCAAUAUAAUUUGGUUCAAAGCAUAGAGUUCAUGAAAUAUCACCAAAAUGCAACAUUUUACUGAAUAAGUAAAAGUGCUUAAAUAUUAUAACAAAAUUAAUAAUUGUUUUUGGAUUAAAUUUAGAAUGUAAAUUGUCUAUGUAAUAGACUAAAAUGACAUUUUGUUGAAUAUCAGUAUCAUGCCUGGAGUUGGUAAAGGGCUCUGCAUGGUCGAACCAAACUGUCGAAGUUGAUUCUCAGUGUUGCUGCUGCCGCAUGACAAAAACCUCAUCAUUUUGUUCUCAGCUUUAUGUCAUCAGCCCCCACUGCAAACUUUUCACUCCUCUCUCUGUGGAAAACUAUCAUGUGAUUGGUCUUAACUUUGUGGUAGCAUUUAUUCGGAAAACAACUCUACUCAGCGGUUCAACCAUUAGGGGCCCUUAACCCUCUUGUUGUCUUACUCCUUUUCAUGAGCCCAAAGCUAGUCAGCAGGUUUUAGAUCAGACCAAAUUUACCAUCUAAAGACUGUUACAGUCUCUGAAAUGCCACUUUAGUUCAUGAAAACUCUGAGAAUGCUUGAACUUCUUGCAAAAGCAAAUGCACACUUGAACAAAAUUUUACUUAACUAUGUAUAAUCUCACUUAAAAGUAACAAACCAAAUUCAUUUUACUAAGUGGUGCAAAACUAAAGGCAGAUACUGACUGGUGCUUAAAUUCUUAAAUAUUCUUCUUUUUCACAUAGACGUGAGCUCUGAAUUUUCUAAUAGCAGGCCUACAAUUUUCACUGCAAUUUAAUAUACCUGCAAAAUAUUUUUAAAAAGAAUAUGUUAUACAAAAUAUUUGACAAACCUGCCCUUAUCUCUAAAUCUGUUAAAAAGUACAUGACUUUAAUCUCUAUGCCGACUUCACAUGCUUAUUUUGGAUUAGCUUUUCAGAUCCUGAAGUCAAAAUAACAUCAUCCAGUUAUGAUGGAUCAAUAAAGCUUUGUGACGAGAGUUCAGAAUUCAAAGUCACACGUCAGAAUCUUUAUGUAAAGGAAAUUUUUUAUCGAGUUGAUAUGUUGCUGUUGCUUUGAUGAAACUAAACUGCACCUUAAUGCUUUUAAUCAAAGAGGAUUAACUGUGAUGUAGUGGUGAUUCCACUUUUUAUGAAUAGUAACUCGAACAUGAAUGAGUUUUCGCUUGGUAACAGUAACCUGUUUGUCAGUUUUACCUGAUUUCUUCAUAUCGUCCUCAUUACAGUUCCUGUAAGACUAGUAAUAAACUGUACACAUUCUGACACAUAUAGGCAAUAGCUUGUCAUUUCAUACAAAAAGGUGUUGUUGCAAAAGGCGUAGCUUUGACCUUGCAGCUGUUUUCUAGCUGAGCUCUUCCACGUGCCUGUCCAUAACGAAAACCCAGCUUUGCUUCUAGCCACAAGUUUCUAUUCGCCUCUACUUCUGGGAUUGUUCAUAGCUGCACUGUUAUUCGCCCUGAAAACUACGAACAAACGACGUACAGCUGCAGUUAUGGAUCUGUGGGCGGGAACGUUGCUUUUAUUUCCACGUAGCUUUGCUAGUUUUUAUGGGGGGAAGGGUUUUUAUCAUGACUGUUAUGGCUGUUAUUCUGAAUACUUGUGACAACAUGGUAAGCUUUGGCCUGUUUUUUCUUUUGUUUUAUUUUUUCGAAAGGGGGCCACUGAAGUGAAAGAAUGUCUGUCGAAAUAAAUUGUGCUAAAGACGCAACACUUUUGUACAUGUAUUUAUCGUUGUGUUCCUGUAGCCUCGUGGCGGUUUCGCUCUCAUGGUUGAAGGGGCUCGAGGUGUGACUUUUUUUUUUUUUUUUGCUUCAGUUUUACAGUUAGCAUUGGAGAAGAUACCUGUCAACACAAAUCUGUAUUUGAUUUCAUUUGAAGUGCUGUAACGGCUUUAUACAUAAAAUACUGAAGUGGUAUUAUAGAACCUAAUCAAUGACGAUCUUUCUAACAUAUUUUCUUGUACUUGGUGUGCUGCCACAAGAAGCCCAGUCUUAAGAGAUGAAAAUGAUGGAGAGAAAAGCUGGAAAAGUAAGAAUGCAGCGACCCCUGCUGGUUUGAGGAUAAAGUUAAAUGGAACUGAAGCUAAACACUGAUGUAGGUUAAGGGAGAUAAUGCUGGCUAAGAAUGGCACUUACAGAGCAGCAGCCUGUCUAACACACAGUUAGAGGUAGACAACUCACUGUAUCACCUAAAACCUUUCUGAGGAGCGUCGUGGAGCUUCAAAUAAACAUUUAACACUCGCUUACUGCUAUACCUGCAGAGCAUGCUGAAAACCAACAAUGGCUUGUGUUAGGUAGACUUUCUCUCAUUUACAGAACUUCCUUGUUGUUGUUUUUUUUUUUUUUUUCUUGCGUGGGAUUAUGUUUUUCUCAAUAUUUUGAGUUUUAGUUUUGGUUUUGAAAAAAAGAAGUGUUUAUUGUGAUUACUUGUUAAUUAGUGAUGUGAUUAUUAAACAUAAAAUAAAUUGGACUAAAUUUCA